CGGCGCCGGAGUCGCGCAGGGCUCAAGUUUGUCUUUCCAGCUGCCUACUAGACCUCAUCGCCUGGAUGGCCCACAGGAAUUUUUCAAAUCGAGACUAACUGCAGAGUUUCCAGUUGACCAGCAUUCUUAGGAAUGAAGACAAACACAGAGAUGGUGUGUCUAAGAAAUUUCAAAAGGUGUAGACCUCCUGACUGAAGCAUAACUGAUUUAUUUGAUUCAUUUUUUCAUUAUAGUUCUGUACUCCUACAAGGGAAAGUCAUGAUUACACUAACAGAGCUAAAAUGCUUAGCAGAUGCCCAGUCAUCUUAUCACAUCUUAAAACCAUGGUGGGACGUCUUCUGGUAUUAUAUCACCCUGAUCAUGCUGCUGGUGGCCGUGCUGGCCGGAGCUCUCCAGCUGACACAGAGCAGGGUUCUGUGCUGUCUUCCAUGCAAAGUGGAAUUUGACAAUCACUGUGCUGUGCCUUGGGACAUCCUGAAAGCCAGCAUGAAUGCAUCCUCUAAUCCUGAUACGCCGCUUCCGCUCCCCCUCCAAAUCCAGAAUGACCUUCACCGCCAGCAGUACUCCUACAUCGAUGCUGUCUGUUACGAGAAACAGCUCCAUUGGUUUGCAAAGUUCUUCCCCUACCUGGUGCUCUUGCACACGCUUAUCUUUGCAGCCUGCAGCAACUUUUGGCUUCACUACCCCAGUACCAGUUCCAGGCUCGAGCAUUUUGUGGCCAUCCUUCACAAGUGCUUCGAUUCUCCAUGGACCACUCGCGCCCUGUCAGAAACAGUGGCCGAGCAGUCAGUGAGGCCCCUGAAACUCUCCAAAUCCAAGAUUUUGCUUUCAUCCUCAGGGUGUUCAGCUGAUGUUGAUUCCAACAAGCAGUCUUUGCCCUACCCGCAGCCGGGCUUGGAGUCAGCUAGCAUAGAAAGCCCAACUUCCAGCGUCCUGGACAAGAAGGAGGGCGAGCAGGCCAAAGCCAUCUUUGAAAAGGUGAAACGAUUCCGCCUACACGUGGAGCAGAAGGACAUCAUUUAUCGGGUGUAUCUGAAGCAGAUAAUCGUCAAAGUCAUUUUGUUUGUCCUCAUCAUAACUUACGUUCCCUAUUUUUUAACCUACAUCUCUCUUGAAAUCGACUGUUCCAUUGACGUGCAGGCUUUUACAGGCUAUAAGCGCUACCAGUGUGUCUAUUCCUUGGCAGAAAUAUUUAAGGUCCUGGCGUCAUUUUAUGUCAUUUUGGUUAUACUCUAUGGUCUCACCUCCUCCUACAGCUUGUGGUGGAUGCUGAGGAGUUCCCUGAAGCAAUAUUCCUUCGAGGCGUUAAGAGAAAAAAGCAAUUACAGUGACAUCCCUGACGUCAAGAAUGACUUUGCCUUCAUCCUUCACCUGGCUGACCAGUACGACCCCCUGUAUUCCAAACGCUUCUCCAUAUUCCUGUCGGAGGUCAGUGAGAACAAACUGAAACAGAUCAACCUCAAUAACGAGUGGACAGUUGAGAAACUGAAAAGUAAGCUUGUGAAAAAUUCCCAGGACAAGAUAGAACUGCAUCUUUUUAUGCUCAGCGGUCUUCCAGACAAUGUCUUUGAGUUAACGGAAAUGGAAGUGCUGAGCCUGGAGCUCAUCCCCGAGGUGAAGCUGCCCUCCGCAGUCUCGCAGCUGGUCAACCUCAGGGAGCUGCGAGUGUACCAUUCGUCCCUGGUGGUGGACCAUCCUGCACUGGCCUUCCUGGAGGAGAAUUUAAAAAUCCUCCGCCUGAAAUUUACUGAAAUGGGAAAAAUCCCACGCUGGGUAUUUCACCUGAAGAACCUCAAGGAACUUUAUCUAUCAGGCUGUGUCCUACCUGAGCAAUUGAGUACCAUGCAGUUGGAGGGCUUUCAGGACUUGAAAAAUCUGAGGACCCUCUACUUGAAGAGCAGCCUGUCCCGGAUCCCGCAAGUUGUUACAGACCUCUUGCCUUCACUGCAUAAGUUGUCCCUUGAUAACGAGGGGAGCAAGCUAGUUGUGUUGAACAACCUGAAAAAGAUGGUCAAUCUGAAAAGCCUAGAACUGAUCAGCUGUGACCUGGAGCGCAUCCCACACUCUAUUUUCAGCCUGAACAAUUUGCAUGAGUUAGAUCUAAAAGAAAAUAACCUUAAAACUGUGGAAGAGAUCAUUAGCUUUCAGCAUCUUCAGAAUCUGUCCUGCUUAAAGUUAUGGCACAAUAACAUUGCUUAUAUCCCUGCACAGAUUGGGGCAUUAUCCAACCUAGAGCAGCUCUUUUUGGACCAUAAUAAUAUAGAGAAUCUGCCCUUGCAACUUUUCCUAUGCACCAAACUCCAUUAUUUGGAUCUAAGCUAUAACCACCUAACCUUCAUUCCAGAAGAAAUCCAAUAUCUGGGUAAUUUACAGUACUUUGCUGUGACCAACAACAACAUUGAGGUGUUACCAGAUGGGCUGUUUCAGUGCAAAAAGCUGCAGUGCCUAUUCUUGGGGAAAAAUAGCUUGAUGAAUUUGUCUCCUCACGUGGGUGAGCUGUCGAACCUUACUCAUCUGGAGCUCAUUGGUAAUUACCUGGAAACGCUUCCUCCUGAACUAGAAGGGUGUCAGUCCCUAAAACGAAGCUGUCUGAUUGUCGAGGAGAAUUUGCUCAGUACUCUUCCUCCCCCUGUGACAGAACGUUUGCAGACGUGCUUAGACAAAUGUUGACCGGAAGAAAAGAGACCCAUGUCUCAAAAUCGUUUUUAAAAGUAUGUUCCAGGGCUUUAAAUGAGAAGUAAAAUUUUCUAAGUUAUAGAGAUGAGAAAUCAGUGAUGAUUAUGAUGAACUAUAAUUAAAUGUCUUAUUAAAGCAACUCAGUGUCUAGCCCUAAAUCCAACAGGUAAAAAAUGUUAACACUAACCUAAGGUUUUGUGAAUAAUUGGUCUUUAACUUAUUAAGAUGUCAUAAGAAGUACACAUCAAAAAUGGAAAGGAGGUUAUGAAAUUACUGAAUUCCUAUGUUGCAGUUUUUACCUUGAAGACUGUAUAGGUAUUUCCUCCUCUUCCUCCUCCAGUCUCCAUUACUUAUUUGCACAUUUGUUUUAACUGACUUCCUGUUUUGAUAUGUAUCACC